AUGCUGGCUUUAGAUGAGAGUAAAAUACCGCUCGUUAUUGUUGCUUGUGGAUCUUAUUCGCCUAUUACUUACUUACAUUUGAGAAUGUUUGAAAUGGCGCGGGACCAUUUCCAUCAACGUACAGAGUUCGAACUGAUUGCCGGUUAUUUCUCACCUGUAUCCGAUGCGUAUCGUAAAGAAGGUCUUGCAAAGGCAAAAGAUCGAGUGAAAAUGUGUCAGCUGGCUGUGGAUAGUACAUCAGAUUGGCUUAUGGUAGAUUCAUGGGAAUCUCGGCAGACACAAUAUCAAAGGACAGCCGUUGUUUUAGAUCACUUUGAAGAGCAACUGAAUGAACUAAGAGGUGGCAUCAAGACAAAAUCAGGCGAAACAAAGCAGUUCAAAAUCAUGCUUUUAGCAGGUGGUGAUUUGAUGGCUUCUUUUGGCCACCCUACAGUAUGGAGCGCAGAAGAUCUACAUCAUAUCGUGGGUAGAUAUGGCUGUGUUAUUAUAGAACGAACUGGCACCGAUGUAUAUGGAUUUUUGCUUGCGCACGAUAUAUUGUAUCAGCAUAAGUUGAAUAUAAUCAUCAUCAAACAGUUGAUCCAUAACGAUAUCAGCUCGACUAAGGUUAGACUGUUCGUCAAGCGAGGCAUGUCCAUCAAAUACUUACUUCCAAAUCCAGUCAUUGACUAUAUUCAGCGACAUAACUUAUACUUACCGCAACAGAGUUAA